CAAAUCUGGGUUUCACUGACCUUAUAGGCUAUAUUUUUUGUACGGAGCAUUUUUUUUUCUGCUUUCUGUGUUGCUGACGAUUGACAUUGUCUGUGUGUGUACACUGAGCUCCGAAAAUGUUUCAAAUUAUGAUGUUUGUUUUUACUGUCUUGGCCGGAUGUCUUGUUACAGCAGCAGGCCAUGUCCGUCAGACUGACGUCCCGAGGGUCGCCUUCUCUGCUGGUCUCACCAAAAGUCUCAACGUGUCCGAGCAUGUCAACGUGACCUUUGACCGCGUGUGGGUCAACGUUGGAAACGGCUACAACCCGACCACGGGCGUCUUCACGGCGCCCCACGACGGGACUUACUCCAUCAUGUACCACGGGCUGGCGGAGUACGACGGCACCCUGUGGCUGGACCUGUACAAGAACUCAAACUACCUGAGCUCGGCCUACGCCCACAUCACUGGUCAGUACGGCGCUGCCAGCAACUCCAUCGUUCUGGCACUCACUGCAGGUGAUGAGCUGUACAUCACGGGCCACGGUUCCAGCAUCCUGUACGGUCUACCUGAUGACGUCUACGCUACCUUCACUGGCUACCUGCUCUUCUAUGCCGCGUCAUAACCACGUGACGUCAACUAGCGCCCCCUACACAAGUUGAAAGUGUAAAUAGACGAUUGCUGUUCUCAAGACCGACUUUUACAACUUGGUACUCACCA